GAACUGAAAAUGGACUCGAGGAGAAGCAAGCGAAAGAGGAUGGGGCCCCCUAAGCGUUUAGUGUCAGAAUUCCUGACCCCAGAAGACGCCAUAAGCCGCUACAAGCGUGUUCUUGAGGCGGUAAACAAGGGGAAUAAUAAAACGGCGGCUUACAGAGCGGUAGGAGUGGACCGCAAAACCAUUGCCGACACUGCAGGAAUUGCAGAACUGCAUGCCGUGAACCCGGGAAUCUACCAAGAUAUCCGGGGAACACUGAAGAAGGGGGAAACCCUUCUCCGUUUCACUGAGAUGUGUAAAGCUGCCAUAAAGGACCAACAUUUAGAGGGGAAGGUCCAGGACUUGAAGACCAAUGGAGGACUAUUAUCCAUUAAUCCAAAGGGGAAGUGAGGA